AACUAACAGACGCAACAUGGGUGACUACGGCCAGUACGACGUGCCCAAGGCGGACGAGAUGAUCAACUUUAAGGUGGGACAGCCUGCGCCCUCCAUGCUGCCGCUGGACAAGAUCCGCGAGGCCGCGACGCUCAAGUUCGGCGAGACGGACCCCAUGUUCCUGCAGUACGGCGUGAUCAAGGGCUACCCCAAGUUCCGCAAGACGCUGUCCGAGUUCCUGACCAAGGGCUACCAGCACGAGGUGGACCCGGAGAAGCUCUUCGUGACCAACGGCGUGACGGGCGGCCUGUCGCUCAUCUGCUCGCUGUUCCUGCAGUCGGGCGACCUCGUCUUCAUGGAGGAGCCGUCCUACUUCCUGGCGCUCAGCAUCAUGAAGGACUUCAAUAUCAACGUGCGCCAGAUCCGCAUGGAGGAGGACGGCCUCGACAUCGACGAGCUCGAGCGCCUCCUCGAGCGCGGCAUCGUGCCCAAGAUGCUCUACACCAUCCCCACGUGCCACAACCCCACGGGCCGCACGCUCUCGGCUGAGAAGCGCAAGCGCCUCGUAGACCUCAGUGUUAAGUACGGCUUCAUCAUCCUCGCCGAUGAGGUGUACCAGCUGCUGUCCUUCCCGCACGUGACGCCGCCCCCGCCGAUGUUCACCUUCGACGAGCACGACACGGUGCUCGCUCUGGGCAGUUUCUCCAAGAUUCUGGCCCCCGCCCUCCGUCUCGGCUGGAUCCAGGGCUCGCACAAGCUGCUGAGCAAGAUCGAGGCCUGCGGUCAGCUCGACUCGAGCGGUGGCAUCAACCCCGUCAUUUCGGGUAUUGUCCACUCCGCCAUCUCGUCCGGCCUGCAGCAGCAGCACUUAGACACGACUGUGCAGACGCUGUGGGAGCGUGCCGAUGCUCUUAUGAAGGAGUUGAAGGCUCACCUGCCUGAGGGUGCGACCUUCGAGGUGCCCGACGGUGGCUACUUCGUGCUUGUGCGUCUGCCGGAGGGCAUGAACGCCAACGACCUGCUGCCCAUCGCCCAGAAGCACAAGGUCAUGUUCCUGCCCGGAGCCUCGUUCAGCAGCAACAUGAAGAACUUCCUGCGUCUGAGUUUCUCGUGGUACGACUUCCCCGACAUGCAGCUCGGCGCCCGCCGUCUGUCCGACGCCAUCCGCGAGUACCAGGAGGUGUUCGCUGCCCAGCAGAAGUCCGCCGCCGCUGAGGCCGCCAAGGGCACCACCGAGGGCAAGGGCGUGCGCGUUGCCGUGCACGGCCACGACGGCCGCCUGGGCUCGCUCAUCGUCGCUGAGCUCAACAAGCUCACGGACCACAGCGCCAGCUUCGCCGGCGCCAUCGUGACCCGCCUCGAGUCCGGCGUCCAGGCCCCGGACCUCAACAACGUGGACGUCGUCAUUGACGUGACGCUGCCCGCCGGCACCAAGAAGGUGAUCUCGUACCUGCGCGAGCAGAAGGACGCCGGCAAGAUCAGCAAGCUGCCCGCUCUGGUCGUCGGCACCACGGGUGCUCUGCCCAUGGAGGACCUGGAGGCUUACUCGAAGCUGGCCCCCGUGGCUCUCCGCUCGAACUUCUCGGUGGGUGUGCCCCUUGUGUCCGAGCUCAUCAAGGCCGCUGCCUUCAAGCUGCCUGCUGAGGGCUGGAACGUCGAGGUGACGGAGAUCCACCACACCAAGAAGCUGGACGCCCCCAGCGGCACGGCCAAGACUCUGGUCAAGUCGCUUGCCGCCACGGGCGCUCCCUGCCUGGGCGAGACCGGCCAGGCCCCGACGCACUCGCUGCGUCUCGGCGACGAGGUCGGCCAGCACACCGUGCUGUUCGCUGGCCCGGGCGAGCGCAUUGAGAUCGUGCACCAGGCUACCCGCCGCGAGGUGUUCGCCAUCGGCGCUGUGCGUGUCGCCACGCAGGCUCCUUCCCUGCCUCUCGGCCUGCACUCGGACUAAACAGCUCGCGCGUGAGUCGGGAGUCUACGCUCUGUAGUGUACUCUAGCCUAUGCUCCUAUUCUUCUAUUGCAGUGUGCGGUGCUCGCCAUUGAACUCCGCGUUGGCAACGGUGAACUUCGUGCCAUUCAAUAAAAAUGUUUUACUGCUGCCUUUGACCCUGUGAUACCUCUAUGGUAGCGUAGUUGAUAAGAGGACUUCUCAGUCUUGCAUAACUUGUCACUACAUAUGAAUGCAUUUGCGUCCCAGCACUGGUCCUGACAAAUACAUGCACACACAACGCAGAACACUUCAUGUUGGUCAAACUUUGUGUUGACUUCUAUGAACUUUGGAUAUUUACGUAGUAUCUCAAGUGUAAAUUCGCAGCAGCGAGACGAUCUCCUGCUGGCAAAUGGGGCACGUGGGGUACUCCGACGUGCAGUUGCGGCGGUAGGACUCGGCGUCCUGCUCGCAGAAACACAGGUGACCACAAGGCACAACAGCAGUCACCGCUUGCUGGUCCUUGCACACCACGCACUCGGUCUUCUCGAGUAUCACGGCAUUCUUCAAGGCGUGGACAUUACGAUCCACUUCAGCCAGUAGACUGCGUGUUGUCUGCUCCAGCAAGCGCUUCUGGUCAGCUACGAGGGCCAUUUUCUCGUUCAUCUGUUCGCAGAGCUGCUCGUAGCGCGCCUUCACCGAGUUUUCUUGUUCCACACGCGCCUUCUCGAACGCGAACCGUUUUUCAGCAUCGCGCAGCAACACCCGAAACUCGCUAGCCUCCGUCUCUGCAGCGUCCAGUUUCGUUAGCGACUCGUUCAGUUGCUCAAGGAACUCUUCUUCGCGCUGCUUCCACUUGCGACGGAGCUGACGCUCGCCUAGAAGCCGCCGUUGCCAUUCAGUCUUGAUCUCGGCAUUGCGCUUCUUGAAGAACUCCAAUUCGUUCAUUAGAGAGGCAACCGAAGGGGCAUUGUCGUCACUGCCUGUGUAGUCCUCGUCGUUAUCAUCAUCACCCGCACCCGACGUUUGGCUUAUCCUCCGUCUCUUACCAGGCGGCGGCAAGCGAGGUGUUCCGGAGCCGCUGUCCGCACUAGCAUCAGACUGAACGUCUUUUUGCUUUGGUGUGGAUUGCUUAGCACGAGAAGCGCUUGAAACGGGCGUCCUGGUUCUUGAGCUCGAUGGUGUCUCCGGGUCGCCUCCGUUACUACUGCUUCGCUGUCGAGCAGCGGCG